GAAUUCGAAACAUGUUCUCAGCCUGGUUACGUCGGGAACAAUGGCUCCUCGGGUCAUACCAAAAGCCCAGAUCACAUCGCUCAGGAUGGGUCUCACUGUGCUGAUGGUCGUACACUUGCAACACAUCCAACAUGUCCAACCAAGAAGAGAUCCACUCCUGUCCGUGAUCCUUCUGACACCAAACCUACCAAGCCAUGUGACCUAGACGAGUUGGACCUGAGAUACAUAACUAUUCAUCGCGCAUCACAUGCUAACCUCCACAAUUCAACUCAAAUACGUGAACAAGACCAAGGUUGUGGCUCAUCAGAGGUAUAUUCACAAGUAGCUACACACUUCGCUGGCCAUCAAGAUGGCGGCAAGCAGGACAAGGAGAUAUCGAACCCUUUUACCUCUGAGAUAGAUAACCAAUCUUUACCUGUUUCUCAACUGGAUAAAUCUAACAACGCUGAACACACACUGUGCCCGAGGGAGAUCGCAGAGCUUUGUGGAGCACUAAUAUCUUCAGUCAGUAGAUCACGUUUACCUAGCAGUGGAUCAGAUGAAACACAAAGGAAUUCAUUCUUAUCUGGUAUGACCAACUUGCUCCUCCUGAGGUCCGGUGACGUGGAGAAAAAUCCUGGUCCAAAUACCCAGCCUGGGAAUCUAACUGAGUUCGAACUCCAUCUCCUUGCUGACGGUAUGGAUCCAUCAGACUUCAGGAAGGUUGGACUAGCUUUAGGAUUCACUGAGGCUCAACUAAUUCGAUUCAAGGAAGACAACAUUGGGAACAUAAUGCAAGCUACCUAUAAGAUGCUUUAUGAAUGGCUGAAGACAGUACGAGAUAGUGAGGCGAGGGAGACACUGUCCAACAAGUUAAAACACAUCGGUCUGGUACAGCUUGCCGACAGUGUACAGAAAGGUAAGGCCGGAGAUCACAUACCAUCCAUGACGGAAGAUGAAUUCCAACGGGUCAUCAAAGAGGUCAAGAAAUAUUCGGCCAUUCACCACUGUCAAAUUCAAGCCGAUCCACUGAACAGCGACCUUCUACUUGAAUUUAAUCGGAUUUUCACGAAUUUGACUUUGAUGGAAGAAGAUAAGGGAACAAAGCGUAAGAGACCGUUACUCUACGAAGACCUACUAAAGACCAAGGUAAACGGGGUCUUUCCUCAUCGCUUGUUGGUUGAAGGUGAAGGUGGUGUGGGGAAGACAACUCUCUGUGCAAAGAUCGUUUGGGACUGGAUACAUGGAGCAGGUUACCAAGAUUUCAAACUGGUACUUCUCGUCCUCCUUCGUGAAGUAAAGGAUAAGACUAUUGGAGAGAUUAUAAAGUCCUACCUCCCAGACGACAAUGCGGUUACAGCCAUGCAGCUAAACAAGUAUGUCUUUUCCCAUCAGACAGACGUCCUUCUCGUUCUGGACGGUUUUGACGAGUUUGCUGGCGAUCUUGAUAGCUGUUACCAAAUCGCCCUUUUCAUCCUGAAUAGGCUAUUCAAGUCAGGGAAAGUACUAAUCACAUCAAGACGAUGGAGAUCAGAUGAGAUACGGAAGAUUCAAGAGCUUAGAAAGCUGUAUGCUUUCAUUGCCGUGGAAGGUUUCUCUGAUGAAAAUCUAUCUUCCUACGUCACCAAGUUCUUCCAUCCAGACACAUCUUCGGCUGAAGAUUUGAAUCGAUUUAUAUCAAAUAACGAUGUGAUCAGAGAGAACAUGGCUCCAUACCCCAUAUACACAGCUAUGCUGUGUAUCAUGUGGAAAGAAUUCGAUGGAGCUCGUCGCAUAGCAAUGUCGAAAUUACAAACAUUUUCUCAGCUCAUUAAUGAGAUGGUCCAAUUCUUGGUCGAUCAUUACCUCUCAAAGCUCGGUCUGUCCGCAAUAGACACGAAAUGGCGUGUACAGCGUGCAGAAAUACUUCUCCAUCUAUCCAACAUCGGUUGUCUUGCCUUCCAGGGGCUCAUGGAAAGGCGAUUGGUGUUCACUGAACAAGAGUUCAAGAGCUGGCCCGGGUGUGUGACAAUAGGUUGUCAAGUUGGAGUACUCACUAAACAAGCACCGAUCCUUCAGAGGAGAAGCAGAAUGUAUCACGCACAUUCCGCAGACUCAUCUGUGCAGUUUCCCCAUAAGCUGUUUCAGGAGUAUCUAUCGGGGAUGUAUCUCGCAUCUCUUCACAACUCAAACAGAAGCGAGUACGACAGGUUGAUGGAAGAUAUAGUCGGAAAUGCACGUGAAUUCCGCGAGCUUCUGUACUUCACUUCGGCCCAACAGAAGGAGGUCGGAUUGGACAUCAUAACUCAUCUCAUAGCGUCAACACGGUCAGUGGGAUAUGGGCGUACCGAUGAUGACUACAUUGUUGAUGUAGCAUAUGAGAGUCAAGACCAAACAGUGGCCAGAGCUGUGGCAGAUCAUCUAUCGACUUCAUCCAGCAACACACUUGAGAUCAGGGAAGAGAUGCAGGGCCACACGGUUUCAGGACAUAUCUUCAUCAUGAAUCAUCGUAAAGUGGAAAAACUGGUAAUUGAAAAGCCAUGUGGACGGACUGCUUCAGAGGACCUGGCUGACUUCAUGUGCUCCUCAAACACCCUGAGAUCUGUGACGAUCGAUAUCCCUGUCUACCGUGAGAAUACACAUAUGCAUGAUGUGUUCUACUCGGUGCUUGCUCGGAACGCCACUGAUACGGCAGCUAAAGGGAGCUUUCAACAACAAGGUUUGCCUUCCAGUAGGUUUCAAUUUGAUACCAUUCUCUGUUGA